UCAAGCCAUUCUACUCUUUCUCUCUCAUCCCCUCUCUCUCUCUCUCUCUAGAAUUCAUAUACAGAAAGCAGAAAUCAGAUCGGAGUCAGUGACAAACUAGCUAACUGCAUGGAUAAGAAAUGGAAGCUAUCGAAAGAAGAUCCAAGCAAUCAUUCAUCAAAAUCAUCAUCACUCUUCAGAAGCAUGUCACAAAAAAGCUCCACAAAGUCGCCUCUUUUGAGAUCUUUUUCAACAAAGAGUUCAUCAAAGAACAAGUUCCCAUCUGAUCUUUCAAGAAGUUCUUCACAAAAAUGUUCCAACUUCACUCGCAAAUGUGGUCAUUUGGCUAAAGAACAAAAGGCAAAGUUCUACAUUGUCAAACGUUGUGUUACAAUGUUGGUAUGCUGGAAAAAACAUGGAGAUUCUUGAUGUUUUUAAUUAGGGUUUUAUGAUGUUUUUUCUUCAACUUGAGAGAUGGAUGUGAUUUGGGUUUUAAAAUAUAAAAAGUUAAAAAAACCCUAAGGUUUUUCUGCCAUCCCAUCAGAAAGAAGAAGAAGAAGAAAUCAUUAAUAUUUUCUAAUCUUUUUUUUUUUUUAUAAUUUUGUUAUUUUCGUUCUUCUUUAUGUGCUUAGAUUUAAGUUCAAAUGAAGCAUAGGAGGCAAGCAGCACAUGCAGUGAUGCUACUAAAGAAGGAUGACAUUAAUGUACCAUAUAUAAAUAUAUAGAUUUUAAUAUUAGAUUAACAUAUUUUAUAUUUGUUCAA